AUGGAGCUGCUGAUCGUGGUGCUGGGCUCAGGUGUGUGGUUCAUCCCAACACGUCACGCUCAAGAAUGUGGAAGGCCUCUUGUAGGAACUCGCAUCGUAGGAGGAAGCGAGGCAAGAGACGGGGCAUGGCCGUGGCAAGUAGACAUCCAGACUAUAACGGGCGGCCAUGUUUGUGGAGGAUCCGUCAUCUCCAGAGACUGGGUUCUGUCUGCAGCACAUUGUUUUCCUGACCCGUCAGAUGUCUCCUCAUAUCAUCUGUACAUGGGUCGCUAUCAGCUCAAUGGCGCUAACCAGUUUGAGACGAUGAGAGAAGUGAAGCGGGUGGUGGUGGCACAAGGGUACUCAACCCCUCAGGAGGGCAAUGAUGUGGCACUCGUAGAGCUGAGCUCACCGCUCAACUGGACGUCCUACAUUCAGCCCGUGUGUCUGCCGAACGCCAACUUCCUGUUCAACGUUGGAACCAUGUGCUACGUCACAGGCUGGGGGAACACGCAGGAAGGAGUCUCGCUGUCUGGAGCCGGGACGCUACGGGAAGUUGGAGUGCCCAUUAUUGACCAAGUAGCCUGCAACUCCAUGUACCACAUGGACACGUCUAACUCGGACACGCUGUCCAUCCUAGCAGACAUGAUCUGUGCUGGAUACCAGGAGGGAGGCAAGGACUCCUGUCAGGGGGACUCCGGCGGACCCCUCGUCUGUUCCAUGGGGAAUGGCACAUGGAUCCAGGCCGGUGUUGUGAGUUUUGGACUGGGAUGCGCUCAGAAGAACAGGCCCGGCGUGUACGCCAGAGUGUCGAGCUUCGUGGGCCUGAUCCGCUCCACGGUGCCGGACGUCCAGCUGCUGGAUCACGCCUGUAACCUUGCAGCUCAUGGCGUCGUGGUGCUCAGUGUAGCUCUCACAGCAGUGAUGUUGUGUAGGUAGUGAGUGUGUUCAGUGUGUUACUGACCUGGAGCAGCGAAUUCCACCGUCUCACAGACUGGAGCCAUGCUGAACAUCUCAUGUAUAUGUGACAGUCAUCAUAAAGUAGCCGUAAUGCUAAAACAGGAAGACAAAUAACGUUUAACAGGUUUUGGUGCUAAACAGCUGAUUUGGUGUGUUUAACUCUGCCAUGCCUGAGAAACCUAAAGCCAUUAGGAAUGUGAAGUUUAUCAGCUGAACACAAUAAAGGCGACGUCUUCACUGC